AUGGAAGGCGCCGGACCUGACCCUUCUUCCACAGACAACAUCAAGCGGGAUUUCCCUGGGAACGAAGACCAUAUUCAACGGCUUGGCCAAGUCUUUAAGGAUGCCUCGAAUCAGCGCAUGAAGCUGAUCCAAGAAAUCGAAUCUGUUUGCGAAAACUUCCAGACCGACCAGGUGUACCUGACGGAGUGGGAUGACCGCCGGGGAAGGCCCCGCUGCGUCACGUUCGACUGCACCCCCAUCACCGACCUGUGGCUCCCACCCGCCACCCCGGGCCACGGAUCAGAGCUCGAGGCGAAGCUCAAGACUUAUAGCCGGGAGUACUGCAAGGUGCGCACGAUUGUGCAAAAUCACCUCUCCCUCGCGCUCGGCGCCUUGGCAGAGUACGAGGAAUACAUCAAUGAGUGGAAGGGCAACGACCAGAACGUGCUGAAGAGGUUGGAUCAAAUCAGCCGCCUGGACACAUCGGCGCGCUCGGUGUCCGACUUUACCGUCACGGCGGAGAUUGUGCGGGGCAAGUACCGAGGGGCCAUCGCGUACAUGGACUCGGCCUCGUCCACGCGCUCAAAGCUCCUCAGCAGCGCCUUGGGCUCCCUGUAUGAUGCGUUGGAAGCGAAUGGGCUGGUGGAGGUGCGGAGGAGGGAGUUCAAUGAGAAGAUGGGGCGCUGGGUGGAUGCUCGGCGGGAAUUGGUUGCCCUGGUCUGUGACCUGAGGAAGGAACUUGAGGCUGAGGAAGCUACUCACGGCGACUCUGGUGGGGAUGAGUAG